GAAAAUCACAGUAAACACACACGGAGCUAAAGCUAACCCGCUAACCCUUUUAGUGAACAGCACAAUAAAGGCUCAGAGUGGAUGACUUGUCCGUGGUUCAGGUUUCUGCAGUGAAAAGGACGCGCGCUCUCGCUGUGCCAAAUGGAUUCUGAGUCUGUCCAGACGCACGAACCGCGCGCAAGUCUCACAGGUGUCCAGACGUCCGCUCUGAGUCCUAAUCCCAGUCUGAAGCAAGAACUGACAGAAUCUCCACAGAUUAAAGAAGAGCCAGAAGAACUGAGCAUCAAACAGGAGGAAGAGCAGCUGCCAGUAUUUGUCCCAGACUCCGGUGGUGUGUGUGUGAAAACAGAAGAGACCUCCCAAACUGAGCUCAAAAAAGAGGCAGAGGACACCAGCUCAGAGACACAUGUCCACAGAGAGGACACACAGGGAGAGGACAUCAGCUCAGAGACACAUGUCCACUCUGAGACCGAUGGAGACACAGAACACUCCUCUGACACUGACACUGCCUCAGAGACCAGUGACACUGUGGACAAUGGAGACACAUCAGGAACAGCUGAAGGAGCUAAAGAGAAGACACACCAGUGCUCUGUUUGUAACAAUAUAUUUGGGUCUCAAAAGGAUUUAGAGGGGCAGACAGGAGGGAAACCAUUCAGCUGUUCAAACUGUAAGAAUAGACUUACUGAAAAGAAUCCUCCUGCAGAACUCACAAGGACAAACACGAGUGAAAAACCUUUCAGCUGUUCAAUGUGUAACGCACGGUGUGUCUCGAGGUCUCAGUUGGAUAUUCAUUUCAGAAGCCACACAGGUGAGAAACCAUUCAGCUGUUCUACCUGUAGUGCACGGUUUACCUCCAACUCUUCUCUGAAAAGACACAUGAGACGUCACGCAGGAGUGAAACCUUACAGAUGUUCUCUCUGUAGUUCUCGUUUUAUCACGAACUUUGAUCUGAAAAUUCAUUUCAGAACACACACAGGAGAGAAACCCUACAGUUGUUCGAUUUGUAAUGCACCGUUUGGCUCGAGCUCUUCUCUGAAUAGUCAUAUGAGAAGUCACACAGGAGUCAAACCUUACAGCUGUUCUGUCUGUAAUAUAAGCUAUGCCUCGCACUCUUCUCUGAAACAACACAUGAGGAGCCACACGGGAGAAACACCUUACAUCUGUUCUUUCUGUAAUACACAUUUUUCUUCGAGCACUACUCUGAAACAUCACAUAAGAAAUCACACUGGAGAGAAACCGUACAGCUGUUCUAUCUGUAACGUAAGUUUUGCCUCACGUUUUUCUCUGAAACAUCAUCUAAGAAGUCACACAGGCGAGAAACCUUACAGCUGCUCUAUCUGUAGUGCACAGUUUGGCUCGAGCUCUUCUCUGAACAGACAUUUGAGAAGUCACACAGGAGUCAAACCUUACAGCUGUUCUAUCUGUAACACAGACUAUGCCUCACGCUUUUCUCUGAAACAACAUAUGAGAAGUCACACGGGAGAGAAACCUUACUGCUGUUCAAUUUGUAACGCACGUUUUUCUAAAAGCACGAUUCUGAAUUAUCACAUGAAAAGUCACACGGGGGAAAAACCUUUCAGCUGUUCUGACUGUGAUAAGCGUUUUACUUUGAGCUCCAAUCUGAAACAACACAUGAGAAGCCACACGGGAGAGAAACCUUUCAGCUGUUCGGUUUGUAAUGCACGGUUUGUCUCGACUUCCUCUCUGAAAAAACACAUGAGAAGGCACACAGGAGAGAAACCUUACAGCUGCUCAGUCUGUAAUGAACAGUUUGUGUGGAGCUCUUCUCUGAAAAAACAUAUGAGAAAACACACAGAAGAGGUUUGGUCUGAACAGAACGUGACUGAAGGUUUUGAGACGAGUGUAGUCUUGCGUCCAGACGUCCCUCUGAGUUCUAAUCCCAGUCUGAAGCAAGAACUGUCAAAGACUCCCCAGAUUAAAGAAGAGCCAGAAGAACUGAGCAUCAAACAGGAGGAAGAGCAGCUGCCAGUAUCUGUCCCAGAUUCCGGUGGUCUGUGUGUGAAAACAGAAGAGACCUCCCAAACUGAGCUCAAAAAAGAGGCAGAGGACAUCAGCUCAGAGACACAUGUCCACUCUGAGACAGACGGAGACACAGAACACUCCUCUGACACUGACACUGCCUCAGAGACCAGUGACACUGUGGACAAUGGAGACAUAUUGGGACCAGCUAAAGGAGCUAAAGAGAAGAGACACCAGUGCUCUGUUUGUAACAAAAUAAAGGAUUUAGAGAGGCAGAUUACAGUCCACACUGGAGGGAAACCAUUCAGCUGUUCAAACUGUAAGAAGAGAUUUACUGAAAAGAAUCGUCCUACAGAACUCACAAGGACAAACAAAAGAAAGAAGAAAAGAGGACACACACAACAAACACGUUUUAGCUGUUCUGUGUGUAAUGCACAGUGUGGCUCGAGGUCUCGGCUGGAAAGUCAUUUCAGACGUCACACCGGAGAGAAACCUUUCGGCUGUUCUACCUGUGACGCAAAGUUUAGCUCCAACUCUUCUCUGAAAAGGCACACGAGACUUCACACUGGAGAGAGACCUUACAGGUGUUCUGUCUGUGAUUCUCAGUUUAUCACAAACUAUGAUCUGAAAAUUCAUUUCAGAACACACACAGGAGAAAAACCUUACAGCUGUUCAAUGUGUAAUUCACGGUUUACGUCCAACUCCUCUCUGAACCAACACAUGAGAAGUCAUAGAAGAGAAACCAUACAGCUGAUCUGUCUAUAAUGUAAUGUUUUUCUAUGAGCUCUAAAUAUUCAUGGAGUAUGUUAUGUGAGCCCAGGAGAAAAGACACGAGGCUGGAGUUCUAACGCAGGAGAAGUUUAUGUACAUCAGUACAGACCAAGCACCUGGAGAUAUGAGCUCUCAGACAUGGUGCAAGUGUGGUCCAUUCUAGUCUUAGUGCAGUCCAGUCUGGCAUGCUUCUAUUGUAGGGAGUAUUAUACCUCUGAUGACUUGGAAUGGAAUGGAAUUUCUCUAACUGCAAGGUGGAUGAAGUGUCUUGCUUAAGGACCUGGUGACAGAACUACUAGUGUGUCAAACUGGAAACUGAUCUUCUGACCUCUGGGUUGGGGGACCACUGCUGUAACCACUGUGCCACUGUCAGGAAGUUUGCACGUGGCUCUUCUGGUUCCUGCUGACUCCCAUUGUCUUCCAUUAGAAUAUUGUCGCCCCUUUCUCCGUAACUGCUGCUGUGAGCCUCGUCAUUUUGGUCUUAAAUGUUUAUAUUAAGCUGCUCUACAUCCUGGUGUUUUGUUGUUUUGGUUUGUUUUGCUGUUUUGUCCUUAAAAAAAAAUCUCAUUCAUAAUAGAGAGCCUAGUUUCAGAUUCGCUCCUGUAACUGUAGCAUCACGAGCUUCAUUUGAGUGGAGCUGAACGCUGUGGGUGACGUCACACUCUCUUAGUCCACUUUUUAAACGGUCUAUGAGGCUAUGCUGUGGCCCCAAAAUGAAACAUGAAGAAGAACUGAUCUCUUUCCAGUGUCACUUGUUCACAGUCAGUUUAAUGAAACAUUUUGCACAAAGCCUUCUCUGACUGAGCUCAAACUGUUUCCACAUUCAUGAACAGGCUUCAUCUGCUUUUUAGAAUUUUAUGGCUCACUUUUAAAGUUAUAUUUCAGGACUUUUAACCCCAUACGAGCCCUCCCGCAGCUUUAAAUCCCCAGGCAGGUCCCUAUUUGCCUUUUCUUAACUGGUUUUAACAAUUUUUAUUUUUUAUUUUUUUAUGAAGUAAUUAAAUAUAUGAAUUGAAGUGUUUGAUCCUAUUUGUAUCAUUCUGUUAAUUGAUCUCUGACUGUCUUAAACCUUGUUUUUAACAGUGCUCUAUAAAUAUUUAUUCAGCAUUAUUUAUUAUUUUGAUAGAAUGACAUCAUUUACAUUCGUUUAGACUCCUUUUGCAGUCCAAUUCACAAAAUGGCAGGAAAGAUUUACUCCUUUUAUCAUCCAACUGCACACUUCACAUCAUGACAAGACAGAUCCUAAAUUCACUGAUGAGUCUGUUGAGCAUAAGAUAAUUUUUUUCUUCAGUUGACACAAUCGUUUACAAUCAGUAGAAUCAACCCGAAUACCUCUGUAAUGGAUAAUA